AUGACAACACCGCCCGUCUGGCGACGGCUGCCUGUGCCUGCUUCAGCCGAUCUGCCCAACCUUUUGGUAUCGACAACAUUCACGACUACAUCAUACACAAUCUUUGUUACAGACCUGGCCAACAUAUGGUCUGAAUCGUUGGAUCGGCGUGCAAUCUACAAGCGCAGCCUCAAUGAGUCCACCAGUAUCGACCCGACGGACAGCGACAGCAAUAUGCGAGCUUUCAUGUCCAAGAUUCAAUCUGUCUUUGAUCCAAGCCACCGAGACCAUGUAAAAGCAUCCAUGUCGAUAUCAACACACUCUAACAAGGAAGCUGGGGAGCAGGGUCUGACAUUGAGUAUUACUUGCGAACUAGAUAACAUGCAACCUCUAGAAUGGCCGAUGUAUCUGCAAAAGUGUUCCCAGUCAGAACUCACGACAGAACUUGUCGUACCCCUCGCACAAGCAAACUCUGUGAGCCGCCGGCGAGUGGAGUCCCUUACAGAAACCAUCAAGCAGAAGGAUGCCGUUAUCAUGAAGCUUCUGGACAAAUUAGAAGCUACUGGGACUCGCCUUGAGAACGUUUUCGCCGUCUUGUCAGCAAAACAGAAGGCCACGAGAAAGAUGGCAGAGGAAAAAGUCAAGGGUUUGGCUCCCUUUUCUCUCGAGGAUUGGAAGGCGCAGUCAGACCACGGCCCGGAGGACGUUCUCGGUGCUAUUGAGAGUGUCUUUGGCGGCGAUGGACUCGAGUAUAGUCGCAAGGCUGACAUGGACACCGCAACUCCUCUUGACGACUGGUGGGCCAGGCCAGAGGCGUUAUGUAUCCCGAUUGUGGGACCCAAGUCGAGGUCCCGUUCAAGCCGGCCGGCAAUGUCGCCUCCCGAAUCCGAACGAGAGGGGCAUGGUCACAGCGAGCGGGCAAACAAGGGGAUUGCGGGAGAGGAUGAGGAUGAUGAUUUUCAAGUGCAGUCGACGCCUCCCCAUCUUGUGCCCGCCCGGAAACGUUCCGUCCCGCCGCCCUCCGGACGCGACGACGAUAGCACUGAGGACGAAGACGAAUCCCACAUUCCAGACAGCGUACCUGUACCUCCUGAUGAACCUAUCAUUCAAUCUAGCCGCCUGGGUACGAUAGGAAAGAAAGGCCAACCUGCAACAGCAACGAGGUCUUCAGGUCUGAAAGAUCCUGUGCCAGCUGCUCCAGGCUCGGAUACUGAAACGGCAUCUGAAGACGAAAGUGCAUUAUCGGUAGUUGAGAUCUCGCCACCACCGAAGCCUGCCGCGAGUAACUUCAAUGGGGGCUUGUGUCGUAUCGGCGAUGGUCGUGCCAGUCGCUCAAAGACUCCAGAAUCUCCGAAGAAGGGGGCUUUAGGCCGCAUUGGUGGCGACCGUCAACCUUCUAAAUCGCCAGAGCCAUCUAAGAAGCCUGUUUUGGGCAGGAUAGGCAGAGGCGCGCGCCCAUCGAAGACGCCAGAGCCGAAGACCGAAGAUGCGGAAAUCAGGGGAAGGUCUGGAGCGGACGAGGAGCCUUCGGUGAAGCCCAGGGAGACGUCACAGGAACGGGCAGAUCGGAAACGAGAUGAACUACAACAAGAGAUACAGAAAAAGGCCACGUCGGGACCAGCACGGAAGAAGCGGAAGUUCUAG